AUGAAGCUCCUGCCCUGCCUGCCCGACGACCUCGCGGCGUGGGCCCAGCGCCAGCCCAUCUUCUUCACCGCGUCGGCCGGCAAGCACGCGCGCCACGUCAACGUCUCGCCCAAGGGCAUGGCCGACACGCACUUUGCCGUGCUGUCGCCCACGCGGUGCGCCUACGUCGACCGCACCGGCUCGGGGUGCGAGACGGUCGCGCACGCCUACGAGAACGGCCGCCUGUCCCUCCUGUUCGUGUCGUUUGGCGAGGCGCCCCGCAUCAUGAGGCUGUUCUGCCGGGCCAGCGUGGUCGAGUACGACGACGCCCGCUUCCCCCGGCUGGUCGGGCAGAUCGCGGCCGGCCGGCCCGAGGCCUUCCAGGGCGCCAGGGCCGUCAUCGUCGCCGACAUCUUCGAGGUCCAGACCAGCUGCGGCUACGGGGUGCCCCGCGUCAAGAGGGCCCUGUACAAGCCCGGCGACGACCGGGGGGGUGAGGACGGCGCCGCGCGCGACGUGGAGCGCAUCCUGCGCGCGGGGCCGUUUGGCACCGCCGACGGGGGCGGCGACCUGGACGAGCGGUGCGUCUUUGAGACCCGGCCGACGCUGGACCACUGGGCCGGCAGGAUGGCCGACGGCAACGCCAUCCAAAAGUACCAGAGGGAGAACAACAGCGCCAGCAUCGACGGGCUGCCCGGCCUCAAGGCCGGCAGGAGGGACGCGGGCCAGAGGCUGUGGCUGGCCGAUCUGGCCGCGUGGGCCAAGAGGGUGGCGGCUGACAAGGAAGCCCUCGGCGUUGGCUUCCUCGCGGGGGUUUUGCUGUUUGCCGUGCUGGAUCUCGCCAAGGCUUUGGUGAACUGA